AUGUCUAUCGAAGAAAUCCCACAAGGUGCUGACAUCAACGUCAUUCCAAAGAACGAAAAGAAAGCUAGAGAAUUAAUCAAGAAAUUAAACUUGAAACAAAUCAAGGGUAUUUCUCGUGUUACUUUCAAACAAAGAGGUAACUUAAUUUACGCCAUUGAUGCCCCAGAUGUAUACAGAUCUGCUGCUGGUACUUAUGUUGUCUUUGGUGAAGCCAAGGUUGAUGACAUGAACCAAAGAAUGGCUGAAGCUCAAGCUCAAGCUGCUCAACAAGAAGCUUUACAGAAGGCUGCUUCUGAUGCUGCUACUGCUGACAAGUCUCCAGAAUCUAUCACUGCUGAUUUAGAAAAGGCUUCUUUAGGUGAAAACAAGGCCGAUGAAGCUGAUGAAGAAGAAGGUGAAGUUGAUGAAUCUGGUUUAGAUGCCAAGGAUAUUGAAAUUGUUGUUGAACAAACUCAAGUUUCUAGAGCUAAGGCUGUUAAGGCUUUAAGAAAGCAUGAUGGUGAUAUGGUCAAUGCUAUCAUGGAAUUAUCUUAG